GUGUGACCAGCCUGUGUGUAAGAGAAGAGAAUUGAAUGUGGCUUAAGUUAGAGAUAUAAAUAUUCCAUUUUUAUUAAUUAAAAACUCAGGAAAAUGUCUCUACUAACACGCCUGUGCAAAGGAAAUGUUCCGCUGCGGCUGAACACCCUGAAACAUCUGAGUCAAUGUGGCUACAGUUCGCAUGCCAAAUUCUCGGAGCACAAACCUAUCGAGAAGAUACGAAAUAUAGGCAUCUCCGCCCACAUAGACAGUGGCAAGACAACGCUGACGGAGAGAAUCCUAUUCUAUACGGGUCGCAUAGCUGAGAUGCACGAGGUGAGGGGUAAAGACAAUGUGGGAGCCACGAUGGAUAGCAUGGAAUUGGAGCGUCAGAGAGGCAUCACGAUACAAUCGGCUGCUACCUACACCCUUUGGAAGGAUACGAAUAUUAAUAUUAUUGAUACUCCUGGACAUGUGGACUUUACCGUGGAAGUGGAACGUGCCUUGAGAGUCUUGGACGGAGCUGUCCUGGUGCUGUGCGCUGUGGGUGGUGUCCAGAGUCAAACGCUGACGGUGAACCGUCAGAUGAAACGUUACAAUGUGCCCUGUUUGGCAUUCAUCAACAAGUUGGACCGCCUGGGUUCAAAUCCUUAUCGUGUUCUCUCUCAAAUGCGCUCGAAAAUGAACCACAAUGCUGCCUUCAUACAACUGCCAAUUGGAGUGGAGAGUAAUUGCAAGGGAAUAGUGGAUUUGGUCCAGGAGAAGGCCAUUUACUUUGAGGGAGAUCAUGGCAUGGACAUCAGACUGGACGAAAUACCUCAGGAUAUGCGAGCAGAGAGUGGAGAGCGAAGGCAAGAAUUGAUAGAACAUCUGUCGAAUGCCGAUGAGAAAUUCGGAGAACUUUUCCUGGAAGAGAAACCCUUCACGGAAAAGGAUAUCAAGGAAGCUCUACGCAGAACGUGCAUUCAAAGGACCUUCACUCCGGUUCUUGUGGGUACCGCUUUGAAGAACAAAGGAGUCCAGCCAUUGCUUGAUGCUGUCUUGGACUAUCUGCCCAAUCCGGGAGAGGUGGAAAACCUGGCAUUUAUCGAACACGAAGGCAAGGAGCCGGAGAAAGUUGUCUUAAAUCCCGCACGAGAUGGCAAGGAUCCUUUCAUGGGUUUGGCCUUUAAAUUGGAGGCUGGUCGCUUUGGCCAACUGACCUAUUUGAGAUGCUAUCAGGGUGUCCUACGCAAGGGCGACAAUAUAUUCAAUGCCCGUACCAAUAAGAAAGUAAGAAUCGCUCGUUUGGUGCGUCUCCACUCAAACCAGAUGGAGGAUGUUAAUGAAGUGUUUGCCGGCGAUAUCUUUGCCUUAUUUGGUGUGGAUUGUGCAUCGGGUGACACCUUCACAACGAAUCCCAAAAACCAUUUGGCCAUGGAAUCGAUAUUUGUCCCCGAACCCGUUGUCUCAAUGGCAAUUAAACCCAAUAAUACCAAAGAUCGGGAUAAUUUCUCAAAGGCCAUCGCUCGUUUCACCAAAGAAGAUCCCACAUUUCAUUUCCAUUUCGAUAACGAUGUGAAAGAGACCCUAGUCUCGGGCAUGGGAGAAUUGCACUUGGAGAUCUAUGCCCAGCGCAUGGAACGGGAAUACGGUUGUCCAGUCACUCUAGGAAAACCCAAGGUGGCCUUCCGUGAAACCUUGGUGGGUCCGUGCGAAUUCGAUUACCUGCAUAAGAAACAAUCCGGCGGUUCUGGUCAAUAUGCCCGAAUCAUUGGUAUAAUGGAACCCCUGCCUCCCAGUCAGAAUACUCUGCUGGAAUUUGUCGACGAAACUGUCGGUACAAAUGUCCCCAAACAGUUCAUUCCUGGUGUGGAGAAGGGUUACCGUGAAAUGGCUGAAAGGGGCAUGCUCUCAGGUCACAAACUUUCAGGCAUUCGCUUCCGCCUUCAGGAUGGUGGCCAUCACAUUGUCGACUCCAGUGAAUUGGCCUUCAUGCUGGCCGCCCAUGGCGCCAUAAAGGAGGUAUUCCAGAAUGGCUCGUGGCAAAUUCUCGAGCCAAUCAUGUUGGUCGAAGUCACUGCCCCUGAGGAGUUCCAGGGCGCCGUUAUGGGACAUCUAAGCAAGAGGCAUGGCAUCAUCACAGGCACUGAAGGAACCGAAGGUUGGUUUACUGUCUAUGCUGAGGUGCCCCUCAACGACAUGUUUGGCUAUGCCGGAGAAUUGAGAUCCAGCACUCAGGGCAAAGGUGAAUUCACCAUGGAAUAUUCACGGUACUCUCCAUGCUUGCCCGAGGUGCAGGAACAAAUUGUACGCCAAUAUCAAGAGUCGCAGGGUGUUGGCCAGGCCGAGAAGAAGAAAAAGAAGAACUAAAUUGUUAAUAACUAUUAGUAUUUAAUGUCGAAUACUUGUUACAAAAAAAAAAAAUUAUUUUCUUUUUAGUUUUUACUGUGAUAAUCACUCCAUAAAGUAAUGACAAAUUUUUGUAUAGCUAAUAAUAAAACGAAAAACUAAACACACAAAAUUUGCCAGCAUAAAAUCGC